AUGACUCGUUUCUUGAACCUGAGUGACCCCGGCAAUCCCUUCCGCCUAGACAAUGGCGAUAACCUAGCUGUGCUUCUCGUCACUUACCCACUCACUGCCGAUAACUACCCCACCUGGUCGCGCGCCAUGCGCCGCACUCUACGGGCCAAAAACAAAGUGGGCUUUGUCAUAGGUGAUAUCCCACGCCCAUCUGACCCAGAUGACCCCUUGCUUGAACCUUGGGAGCGCUACAAUGACAUGGUGGCUUCCUGGCUUCAAAACUCCAUCAGUGCCUCUAUCAAAUCCAGCGUGGUCUUCGUUGAUGAUGCACGGGACAUAUGGCUUGACCUCCAGGACCGUUUCUACCACCAGAAUGGACCACAUAUCUUUCAACUCGAGAACAACCUUGCCAAUCUCCUCCAAGAACACAACUCUAUAAGUGCUUAUUAUGGUAAGCUCAAAAUCUUAUGGGAUGGACUCUCAAUUUAUGACCUCAUUCUCGUGUGCAACUGUGGUUCUAUGUCUACUCUCUUGGAUCGUUACCAACGUGACUGUGUUUUUCAGUUUUUGAUGGGUUUGAAUGAUAUUUACUCUAAUGUAUGA